AUGGUGCCCUUGCUGCCUGUGGGCGGCUAUAGCUACGGAUUUUCCAGCCUUGGAUCAUCCGAAGCUUCAUGGAGGACGCAGAAUUUCGAUGAUGCCAGCAGGCGUCGGCAAGCAGUGAAGACCAUUUGCGAACGCUUGACCUCGCGCUUGGGCUUCCAGAAGCAGAGUAUGCUGAAUCAGGAGGAGCACAUUGAGGCGUUGUGGGAGUCCUUCUUGCGCCGCUACGAAGAUCCCAAGCAAGCCAUGGAGGCAUUGUCGGGACAGUUGCUGGCCACACAACGCUCUUGGCGCGAAAAAGUCUGGAUGACAUUUCUGAAGCCCCACGUCCCCGUGGAGCAGGUGUCGCAUCCUCUUCGCGAUGUUUGCCUGUUCUGGUUGAUUUGGGGCGAACUUGGAAACCUCCGCUUCUGCCCAGAGUUGCUCUGCUUCCUCUUCACCGCUGCCUGCGAACUCUGCGACAGCUCUAGCGAAGCUCCAUUGGUUGAAGCGGCAGAAGGCAGCUUCUUGGACGAGGUGGUGAAACCCGCCUACGGGGUGAUGGUCACGGAGACCUUUGAGCUUCGGCCCAACGGCGUUCCGGCCUUCAAGUUUGGCAAGGCGCCGGCGCCGGCGCGGGCGGGCAACUACGAUGACUGGAACGAGCUGUUCUGGGACCCCUGGCGCUUAAAGCAUGCACUGAAGAUCAAGACACCGCGCCCUGGUGUCCAGCGCUUUGUGGAUGCCUGCCAAGACUCAGCAGACGUGUGGAGGAAACUGCGAGAGUUGGAUUGGGAGCAUUCUUUGAGGAAACACAAGACGCACCUGGAGUUUCAUUCGCACUUUCCGCUCCUGAUCGGCAAUUACCGCAUCUUUCUUCUGCACUCUGUGUUCUUGUGCACCAUGGUGGUCUUCUGGGUGCAGCGUUUAGGACGUUUAGAGGGCCUGGGUGCACGACUCUGGCGAGACUAUGGCUGGUUGUUUCAGGCAAGCUUGGGCCUGGUUGCUCCCGCAUGGAUGUUGCUCUUUCAGAUCGGCUUUCAGGCGAUGACUCCCAGCUUGGCCAAGCGCAACCGCUUGAGAGGCUUAGUGCAGCUCUUGUGUGUGGAUUUCUUGCCGGUCAUCUCUUUUGCCGCUUUGCUGUGGCAGCAUCAUCUACCCGACGGUGUAUCGACCCGAUUCCGCUACAUCCCGUUUGUGAAAGUUCCGACCUUCGAUGUGCUCUUGGUCACGCAUGUCUUCUUUUCGGUCUUCACCUUGGUUGUAUCGCUGGGCCCACGCCCCGACAACCUCUACCGUUGGAAAUUUUAUCCUGCCAUGUCUCGUCCGGAUUGUAUUCCAAGUGGGGCUUUCUGGCUCUUCACCGUGGCGUUGUGGUCCAUUUUCGCUUCAAGUGGGACAUGGUAUUGUGGCCAGGCACUACUGAGGAUUUGGGACGUCUAUGACUCCUUGUCCUUGCCUUUGCCUUACCUUCUUGCGGUGCUGACGAUCUUGGUGAUUGUGCCGACCCUUUUAGUCUUCUUUUCGAGUCUUUGCUUCUUCCUGACCUUUUCCAUCUCCAUUGUGGGCUCCAUGGUGGGCGCUUAUCGCUUGGGCGGGGUGCGCUUGAUGUGCACCCGCCGUGGCAUGGGCCUGACGUAUGUGCCAGAGACCAUGGUCGGGUGCCUGCUUCAUUUGCCUCCUCAUCCCAGUAGAGAAACUGGACUGUGGGAACGCUUCUCUUGGUGGAGGCGUAUGUCAGAUCCGGAGCUUGAGGCCUUUGUGGAUGUGUGGAACAAGUUGCUGAAGGAACUUCGAGAUCGUGACUUAGUUUGUGGGCGAGAGGUGGACUUCCUCUCUUUCAGGUCGGCACAGGAUGCGUUCCAAGGAAACGUUCCAGGACUUUUUAAGGCCCUAAGCGCAUUGAGUUACCGAGCCACCCUGCCGUCCAACGGCGAAGCGCGGCGCCGCAUCGUGUCCUUGGCGCGGUCGCUGCAGAUGCAUCCGCUGCCCAAGGCGAAGGUCAGAGAGAUGCCGACGCUCUCUGUGGUGAUCCCGCACUAUUCCGAAACCAUUCGCUAUUCGAAGAAGGAUCUCUUCAGCGAUGGAGAGACCAAAGUGUCUAAUGAUUUAUUGAGGUUUCUCAUCAAGUACUACAGAGACGAGUUUCGCAACUUCAUCGAACGCUUGGAGCAGGAGGACUGUAGUAGCCUGGAAGAGGCCCUUUGCACCUGGGCCUCGUUGCGGAUGCAAACGUUGUGGAGAACCGUGGAUGGCAUCUGCGGUGCCUAUGCCAAUGCCUUAGAGAUCUUGGCUCAUUACCAAGAAAUCUUUGAGUCGCAGAGAUCUUUGCGGUCCUCGGUGCGACAGAGGUUGCAAGUGCUGGUGGCCAUGCAACAGUAUGCCAAGUUUGCAGAUCCUGAAAGCCCGGGCUUUAGCCCCAACGAAUUGCAAGCUGUGGAGGCGAUGUUCAGCGCCUUUGGCGACUUUCUGAGCAUUGCGUACAUCGAGGAGCAAGUGGUUGAAGGUGAGAAGCGUUUCUUCUCCUGUUUGAUCGAUUCCUCCUGCGAGCAGAUCCCCAUCCCUGGCUUCGAUGAUGUCUUUGCCCGGCGAGCCAAGUAUCGCAUCGAGCUGCCGGGCUUUCCCAUUUUGGGGCACGGCAAGAGUGAUAACCAGAACUGUGCUGUGAUCUUCACCCGGGGUGAGAUCCUUCAGAUGAUCGAUGCGAAUCAGGAUGCAUACUAUGAAGCAUCACUCUUCUUACCAAGCGCAUUUCAAGAGUUCUGUGAGCCGGAGAGGACUUCGAAAGGCCGCCCGGGCAUUGUGGGAUUUCGUGAGCACAUCUUCUCAGCCGUGGGUUUGUUGGGUCGCAUUGCAGCGGACAGCGAGUUUACCUUCGGCACCAUGAUCCAACGGACGUUGGACUGGCCAUUGAACUCCAGAUUCCACUAUGGUCAUCCCGACCUCAUGGACAAAUUGCAGGUAGUUCAGCAAGGUGGUGUCUCCAAGGCAACUCGUGGCCUGAAUCUGUCAGAGGAUAUCUUCGCAGGUUUGGACCUCUCUUUGAGAGGCGGCUGGACCACCUAUAGAGAGUACUUUCACGUUGGAAAGGGCAGAGACAUGGGCUUCAUGAGUGUGCUAUCUUUCUAUGCCAAAGUCUCAAUGGGAAAUGCGGAGCAGGCGAUUACUCGACAGUGGAUGCGAUUGGGGCUCCACCUGGAGCUUUCUCAACUGCUGGGCAUCUUCUAUUCUCACAUUGGCUUCUACAUGAACCAAGCCCUUGUGAAUCGUGCCACCAAGGCCUUUUGCUUCUCAGCGGCCAUCUUCGCACUAUCAGCAGAGGUGCAGGAGAGCUUUUCCAUCUUAGCCGUGGAAGAGAUGCCCCUUUGCCUUGAUGCCUUGAGUUCCAGCUACUUCGGCUACUUCUACCUGCUCUUCGUUCUGGCUUCGAUGCUUCCUUUUGCCUUCGAAGUGAUGCUGGAGGAAGGUCUUCAAGCCCUGUGGAGCUUGACCUUCUCGCUACUGGCCCUGAGCCCCGUGUUUUCGUCCUUUCAGUCCAAACUCAUGGGCUACUUCUUCGAGACAACCUUGAACUACGGGGGCGCUCAAUACAUCCCCACGGGCCGUGGUUUGGCCACGCGUCGGGAACCUUUCCUGAAGAGCUUUCGCUGCUUCGCAGCGUCGCACAUGUAUGAUGCCCUGGAGGUGGUGUUGUUCAUCAUCUUCAGUGCUGCUCAGGACUAUGGAACCGGUUUCUACUUCUGCACUGGAUUCAGCGCCACCAGUUGGUUGAUCGCCCCAUUCCUGUUCAACCCCAGGCAGUUUGAGUCGAUGGGCCAAUCACUGAGCGACUUUCGGGAAUGGAUGACUUGGAUGACCAAAUUGGACGAGAAGGAGGAGGUUUCCUGGUAUGCCUGGCAGGUGAGCUUACAGGAGGUCCGAAGAAACAAAUUCAUUCUUCAGUUUGUCAUCGGCAAUUGUCGGUUCCUGGCAGCCCUUUGCACCCUUGGAUUGGUUGUUUCAGUGCAUCCUUUCCAUAGCCUCAACGUGGUAAGUGCCUGUCUUAUUUACUUGCCCUGCCUGAGCCAUCUGGUGGUCUGCCUCUUCCUUUCCAUUGGCUUCUCUUGCAAAGCUUCGGGCCGUGUGCCCUACAUCCUCAUAGCAACUUUGGCGGUGGUGCUCACUUUGCUCGAAAUCGCAGUAUCGGCACACCUGCUGACCCCGGCUGUUAUAUUUCACAAGUACAUCUUGCUCCGCUGGAUGCUGGAGACGGCUGACGGCCUUGCAGCCAACCCAUCGGUCAAGGCCUUCCUGCCGUUUGUGCACGAUGCCUGUCGGCUGUGGGCCUUCUCAUGGCGAUUCCUACGAGACAUGGCUCUGGGUGUGCCACUGGCACUGCUGUUCUGUGCAAUGACCUGCAUUCCCUGCCUCAACAGCUUGCACACGCUCUUCCUUUUUCACACACGUCGGCCAAAGGAAGAGGGCCUGGUGGUCGAAGAUGCGGACGAGAAUGGGUCCUCCACUCAUUUGGUGGAUCCUGAUCCGAUCCGAAAUUUCUUCCGCACCUUUGCGCCUGAGUCCUCGGUGGUGGUGCGGGGGGACCGGCGCCGCCGGAAACGGCCCACGGGACGCUCCAGCCUCAGAGCCACGCAGAGCGAACCCAACUUCGGGGAGCAGGAGGUCCUGUUGGUAGUGGGGGUAGGAUCUUCAGAAGCUCUCAUCCCUCAGCAGAUUGAACUGAAAGACUUCGAUGUUAAAACGCGUUUGGCGCUUCGUCGAAUCCUUCGCUUGAAGGCAGGCCUCACCAACUUGCAGGCGAAUGCAGCGACGGCUGGUGCAGGUCCAGUCAGCGUUACCCAAAAACCUGCCAAGAAGGCCGCUUCUGGGACCGCUGCAGUGCAGCCCAACCAACAAGGGGAGUUGGCCGUGAAGUCUGAAGCCCGGAAAGUUCGCAAAGUAGUGAAGCGUCGAGUUGCUGAUGCGGAGACCGAGACUACUAAGGACACAAAGGCCAGCCCUGCUGCAACGGUCCAAGAAGAGCCCGCCGCACAAGUCCCUCAACGCAGGGUGACGAAGGGGAAGCCUGCAGAGGCGGACAGUGGGAAACGCGCCCAAUCUCAAGAUGGAGGCGAGCAGUCCUCACCGGCACAACUCAGGGAGGUACGGAGAAAGGCAAGCUCUCCCAGUCCUUGCUCUUCGAGGUCUAUCUGUGCAAGACGAACUCCGAGUCCCUCAUUUCGACCUCGUCGGAUGAAAGGACCAGAUCGUCGCAUGGGCCGCUCACCCUCUCCCCGUCGCCGCGACAGCCGCGCACCGCCCCGCCGCCCGACGCCGCGCCGUUCGGGGGGCAGCCGGCGCCCGCGGCGCGCCGCGGCGCAGCCCGCGGCGGAGUCCGCGCCGCAGCCUGCGGCGCAGCCCGCGGCGCAGUCGCUCGCGGCGCAGCCGGGAACGUUCCAACCGACGCAGGUCAUGAUGGCAGCUGGUGAUGGCAGUGAUUCCACUGAGUUCGGAGGUUUCCUCCUAUCGUGGAUUCUGCCAGAAGUUUAUGCUCUUGAAGUCCAUGAGGGUCACCAGGCCCAACACAUCUUGAGCCUGUCACGACGUCAGAAGGAGAAGUCGCGACGUGGAGGAAGUACCAAGGGAGGAAGCCUUUCAGUGGAGAUCGACCCACAUGGAGCGCACCAAAUGCUAACUCCGUUGGAGGACAUGUCUUCGGAAUACACCGGCUUGGUCGGAGUUGGAACAAGUGCUUCGGGCGGCCCUCAGUUUGAGGCGCGAGUCGUCUUUGACACUGGCAGCACAAACCUUUGGAUGGCCUCCGUUCUCUGCAAGGCAUAUCCGUGCGACGAGCAACACACUUCCUAUGACCCUGCGAGUUCCAUCACAUCGGAGCUUGGGGCUGGGGGCACGAGUCUGGCAGGGCUGCAUUUUCCUUGGUAG